AUGAAGUUCUCAAACGUCGCCGUCCUUGCCCUCGGUGCUGCCGUCCAGGCCAAUCCUCAGCCCGCGGACAUGUCUGCCGUUUCCGCGGUCCUCUCUGAUGCAUCCACCCUCGUCAGCGGCAUCCUCUCCCAGGCCUCUACCUUGGCCAGCGGCAUCAAAUCGGGGGCAGUCGCAUCCUCCGUUUCGAGCGACAUUGCCAAGGUGACAAGCGAUGCUGCCUCCAAGGCUUCCAGUCUCAACAACAUCAUCGCCACCGCCACCGGGUCGGCCAAGUCGAGCGCCCAGAGCGAGCUCUCCAAGGUUACCUCCAACGCCGCAGCUGCUACGAGCAGCAUCGCCUCUGCAGCCUCUAGCUCUAGCUCUGGCGGUGCCUGGAACCCUGCCCCUACCGCUGCCAUGGCCGUCGGUGCUCUCAUGGGUGGAGCUGCCGUUUUGGCUAACCUUUAG